AUGUCAGCGCCUCAGGUCCUACAGAGUCUCUCCACUCUGGGGUCAUCUGUAGGACAGUACUCGAGACAGCAACUCUCGACUCUGAGAAACCGUAUCUUCAAGACAGACAAGUCUCGACGCAGGGCGCAGAUCGUUCAGACCUCUUUCGCGGUGCAUCGCCCCGUCUGGAUCACUGCGGGAGGGGCGGCAUACACCACUAUGGGCGCUGUCUACCUUACACUACAAUACAUGCGUCGAUUGAAGCGGUAG